GCAACCUCAACGUGGCCAGUCAGUGUGGUUAGGACCACCUCCGCGGUCGUCACGUCCUCACCUUCGCCGAAUACUCGCUUUUCGAUCUACUUCUACCCGGGAUUCGCCAUCACCAAUCCUAUCCUACCAACUAAUCGCUUACUGUGCGCAUGAGUCCGCGGCAUGAGAUAACGGGCAUUGGCGUGACUGUCCAUUCGGGACUUAACGGCGAGGUUGGGCUACGUUCCACACAGCGACCGUGCGGCAGAGAUCGUGCUGGCUCAUCGCUAAGCGUUUCAGGUUGUACUUCACCCGAAAAUGCCGAACGACGAGGUCGCGUCGACGGCCGAGCCUCGGCGCGAAGCCACGAACGGUGAUAUCGGUUACACGGCGUCAUCGUCCUCACCCCCUCGGCUCGACUUCGAGUUCAAGGAAUGCAAGACGGAGCCUGGCUCGGCUAGCGAGGACCUGUCGGAGUUCGACAGAUUUUCACCAAAUCUUGAUGGCACACUAGACAUUCCAGUACUGGAACCAGUUGUCUUGCUAGAAAAAUGCGAUAAGAUUUGGAAAACAUUACAGCUGAUAAAGACUAUGCAACGUACAAGCCCGAUAACGACGAGUGAUGAGGGAGAGGGAGACGAAGGAGAAAGGGAAGAAGUGGAAGAAGAUGAGAAAGUAGCAUCGUCUCCGAACAAGACCGAACAGACACUGUCUAUCAAGAGUGCACAUAAGUCGACAAAUGAUAGUAAAACACCUUUUCAGUUCUCAGUCCAAAAGACAAGGAGGUUAUAUCCUUGUGUCACAUGCGGGAAGCAAUAUUUGGAAAAGAGAUCCUUAAGGAAGCACGCAUUGAGAAUACACGGAAUUAUUAUUCCCGUGAAAUUCAGACGUACCAGAAAGCCCAGAAUAACUGAUCUGCUUGACUUGAAUAAAAACAACGGGACUACUUUAUUCAAUAAAGGCAAUGGUAAUUCGGAAAAACUUGAUAACAACAGACCUUUGUACGGGAGAACGACAAUUUUCAAUGAUUUGAAAUCACAAAACGUAUCCAGUCUUAAUUCCAGCAAUGAUCAGUCCGAAAAUGUAAGUGCAUUCACCUCUGAAAAGGGACAAUACAGUACAUGUGCAUUGUGCCGACAGAAAGUAAAGUGUUUGAAGAAACAUUUGAUCAACUACCAUAAAAUUGGAUGUUCGGCAAAUAUGUUGAAGCAGUUGGAAACGUCGCUAGUGGUCGAGAGUGGAUCAUCAUCAUCAUCAUCAUCUAGCAGCGGCAAACCCACGUUAAAAGACAUAUUGUCCGGUAAGCCUCCGGAAGCGUUAUCUGUUAAUAGGAGUAUGCAAGGUAAAUCGCAUACAACAGACAGUGAGAACAAAUCUCACGUGACGUCUCAAGUACCGCAAAAGCGAAAAUACACCUUGUCCUACGUGAGCACCAAGAAAAGAUUCAAGUUGAACAACGGACGUUUCGUUUCUCUUCAGAACGCGUCUAAGUUUGCGCAGGUUCAGAGUACGUCGAAGUUCACGCCCAAGUUCGCGCAGGUGCGUGUGAAAUAUCUCUCGAAGAAUAAAUACAAGUGUGAUAUUUGUCUAGGAGCAUAUUCGAGCCCCAAUUGCCUUGCCAAGCAUAAACGUAUUCACGCGUCCCGUGGGGAAACCAAGGACAACAUUCACAAGUUCGAGUGCAAAUAUUUUAAUUCUCCAUUGAGUAAGAGGUAUCAGGAUAUAAUGUCUUCCGUAAAACCAACUGAUACUGCUGCGAAAGACGUGAACGAUGGCUUAAAUGAAAAUAGAGAACCGGACGAUCCGAAGAUGUCGAGUCAGAAUCAGAGAACCUCGAAGAACGGUCGAGCAGCCACGCACGAUGCGGAUAAAGAAGACACUACUUGCAUAUGCGGAAGGUCGUUUCGAACUUCUCAUAUUUUAUGCGCUCAUAGGGACAAUUGUAAGUUGUAUAACCAGGAGGAUAAAGCGGCACAGCACAGCACAAGAGACGAGUACAGCAGCGACAGGGACUCGGGAAUUGGCAUCAACGUAAUAACAAUCAAGAAACGGAACAAUUCCUACGAGAUAGUCGGCAAAGAUGGCGAGGAGGACAAACAGACCGACCACGGAGCAGAUGGUGCUUUGUCGUCCAAUAUGUCUCAGGAUGCUGUCGAAAACGCCAGCGAUGCGAACGCUGAACAACGGCAGGCGAAUAUUAACGAGACGUCGAACUACAGUAGAAACCACAGCAUUUUGAAGCUGAAGGAUGCGGACGAGGAUGUGAUCAUCGAUAUCGAGAAUGACAUACAGCUACUUUCCAGACGGAAAGGAAAGCAGACGACUGUUCGGCGAGACAACAAGAGCGGUUCGCGAACGCGACAAAACGACGAUGGCGGAGAUGGGAAGGAAGAUAAUACAUUGGAGAGUGUUCCCACUUUGAAGGAAAUAUGCCAAAAGGUCCUUAAGAAGAAUUCAACGUUGCAAAAACAAGAGGAGGACGCGACGACGCGGCCGGAGAAGAAGAGAAAUUUACGGUCGGUUAGUACAAGUCACCUGAAGAUGGAGGAGGACUACGUCGAUCCGGAGGUUUCUAUGGCUAUGAAUCUGGAUCCUAUGACGUGCGCGUAUUGCAACAAGCAUUUCAACACGAUGAACACGUAUAACAAGCAUCAGUGCACCGUCGAGGAGGGCAGGCAAUUCGACGAGUAUUCGUUGAAUUUGCUGUGCUUCUGCUGCAACGAGACGCUGGACAGCUGCAGCCAGUUCGACGAGCACAUGAAGAACGAGCACUACGACCGUGCGUAUCACUGUUACCUGUGCCCCGAGAAGUUCUCGAGCAGGAAACUACGGAACAAGCACACCAACACGCAGCACGACACGUCCUGCAAAUUCUGCCACAUGGACAUUCCUUUGUGGAUACUGAACCUGCACGAGGCUUAUCAUUUGGGCGUCGGCUAUCCCUGCCACAAAUGUAAGAAAGCCUACGCGAACAGGAGGAACCUCUCGUAUCACAACACGACGAUACACAAGAGCGGCGUCGACAACAUGAUAUUCUGUAAUUUAUGCUUGAGAUCGGUUAAACUGAAGUCCUUCCGGUCUCACAUGAGCGCCCACGACCUCAACAAAUGUCACUUCUGCGGCAAAGAGUUCAUCGAUAGGAUAGGUAUCGAGUAUCACACUCGGAUACAUCACGGCGGUACGUUCUCUAAAUUGAAAUGCGCCGACUGCGGUGCGCGUUUCUGGACUAAGCGGCAGCUCGAGCAGCACAAGAAGACAGGCCGGUGUGGUACUAUAAAGAGGAUGAGGGAGGAAAGUAACAAGACGAAAAGCGCUGACUAUUGUUAACGGCGAAAGGACAGUUUGAGGAGGGGGUAUAGAACACGGCGGACAGAUUAAGAAAAAUGAAUCGAUGAAAUUUAUCCGGACGUGCAAUCGAUCGCGCUCAAAAUUAUUUUCAACGUAACAUCGUAUGCUUGAGUCAUUAUCGUACGUUAUUAAAAAACAACGGGAAUGUCAUCUUAUUAUGCUAGACAAUUGAUUACAUGUUUUUAAGCACUUGUGUAUUCCGUUGAAAUAUGUAGUCUGCAAGUAACAUCUUUACUAAUACUUUGUUAAUCUAACUUCACAGUAGAUGUUUUCAUUUUACGAUGAUUAUGAUGAUUUGUUCGUAUCUCUAUAUGGUUAGCCUUAUAUCACUUGUAUGAAGUGUAAUCGAUAAAUUAGCGGGUAUCGAGCAGAUUGUACGACAAAAUGUUUGGUUUGGAUUUAAUUAUAAUUGACGAUGAUAAUCUGUAACAGUGAGAAGAAGCCUCUUCAUUUAACGUGUAAAUAGUACGAACUUGCGUUAUUAAUAUUGCGACAAUGCGUGUUAACUUGAGAUUAACAUUUUGCUACACGAUGACGAGACAGUUUCUAUCAGUAAUAACCAUGGAAUAAAACACGUUUAAAUCGCAGGAAAGUAUUUUUACGAACACGUCAUUUAUAUCAAUAACAUAUUGUUUAUUUUUGAAGCUGCCGCUACAUGAAAGUCGGAACAAGCCAAAGUUGCGUGAUCGCACAGACCGGCGUGACAGCCUCAACAUAUAAAGUUAUACAACUUCCUAUAAGAUGUAGAAUUUCCCAUAAGAGAUGCGUCAUGUGCUUUAGAAAGAUACAUGAAACUUCGUGUGUAAAGGCUAUCGUGGCGGUCUGUAAAUGGAAUACGUAUAUUAUUUGUUAAAUAUCAAAAUAAUACCACGUCGUCAUAUGUGAUAUAAUAUAAAGAUAUCAAUUUUUCCAACAUUAUGUAUAUUCGUCAAUCAGCUAUUCUAUAUUUAUAUAUAAAUAUAUAUAUGUAUAUGUGUCGCGACAAGAGUUGUUGAUCAAUAUUCGAUCGAUCAAUUAAUUAAUAUUUAUGUAAAAAUAGCGAAUUGUCCACUUCUAUCGUGACAUAUAUGUAUAUAUCAGAUAUUAACCUUAUCUUGUCGACGACGUUUGUUUCUGAGAUAUGAUAGCAUCAAUUAAUGUAAGAUAUACGUUCUAUUUUACUUUCCAUUUUAUUAAGUUGCUGAGAAGCGUCUUUCUUUUUACAUGAUUUAAUCUAGUAUGUAGAAGUAUUACUCUAAUAUUGAUAUUUGAUGUAAAAACAAAUUCAAAAACAAAACAACAGUAUAAAUAAAGUUCAUUUACGGA